UAUCGUGCUAUCGUUACGAGAGCAACCUUGAGCAGUGAGCACAAAAAAAUCUGUCCGUGAUUCGUUCGAUUGGAUUUUUAUUAAUCAUUCGCUUAUUGCGCGUUGCCGAUUUUGUUGCAGAAUUGACUAACACGUCAAACGAAACCCCACAGUUCUCGAAAAAAUACGAAGAAGUAAACAAGAUAAGCGGAUCCCGUGCAAUUUACCAUUAAAAACGUAAAAAUGCAGCUGCAGGCCAAAUAUUUGCUAAUAUGUCUGUUCGUCGGACUGUUUGCCUCGUACCGUUGUCAAGCGGGUGGCGGAGAAGAAGGAACUGGAGUCACCACUACCACUACUGAGGCAGCCACCACUGUAACCGUGCCACCGGCACCCGAUGACAAGAAUACAACAAGCACCGAGAAGCCGAUAACAACAACAACAACAACUACUCCCAAUACAACCACGGUAGCACCAACAACAACCACAGUGGAACCAACAACAACAACUUCAUCCACGCCGAAACCAACACCGCCGCCCAUCACGACAACAACAACUCCAGCUCCAAUCACCACGAGCAGCACCACCACGCCGGCACCAAAUUCAACCACAACCGUGGCGCCAAGCACAAGCACAACUUCCCAGCCGUCCACAACGACCACGGCUAAACCGACGCCAGUGCCAUGCGGACAUUUCGAUGGCUCCUCGUUUAUAGGCGGCAUUGUGCUAACUUUGGGUCUGCUGGCCAUUGGACUGGUGGCCUACAAAUUCUACAAGGCACGCAAUGAGCGCAAUUACCACACUCUUUGAGCCGCCAAUGCUUUUACGUCGGCAUUUAAUGCAGCAGCCGGUGCAACAGCCGUGAACAAUCCCGCCACGGAUGCCGAACGUGUGCGAUUUGUUCAGCCAUUAAUUCCGUUGCGUUCGCCGCCAGCGCAACCGCCACCACCACCACCUGCACCAGCACCACCAGUAUCAGCAUCCUCUACUGAUUCUCAAUAUCAACAUCAGCUAUUAGCCGGCGAGACAACACACUCAACUAUACAAAAUAAUAAUUCACCUUCGGCCAGAGAUCGGCUGCUGCACGCGUAAUUUAACUCGGGGUACAAUUGUAAUACAGAAACUAUCCAAAGAGCCCCGCGAUUAACUCUAUGAAAACUAAAUCUUCAAAUCUAUCCUUAGCUCUCCCUCCCAAGCACACACACUCACACGUUUAUCCGUUUAUCGAUGCUGCACUUCUUUGUGUCUGGCUAUCAUUCUUCCCUUAUCAGCUAUAUAUACAUAUACUUCUAUAUAAUAUACAUUUCAUAUGGCUUUUAUGAAUAACAUGAAUCACGGAUUUUUGCUGCGAUUUUUAAUCAGCGAACUAAGCGGAUGUUCAACGCCUUAUUAAAUCUGAAUGCCCUUCAGCUUGAAGCUCGGCUGCACGGCAAACCAAUCCCACAAGGAGAGGAAAAUAAAAUGAAAUAUAUAAUAUAUAUGAUAUGAUAUAUAUAAAUGUAUAUGUAUUUAUUGGAAAUAGUUUAUGUACUACAAUAACAGCAAAUUAUGUGAGACUGUCGAAGAAAUGUCGCGGUACUGAAGUGUGGCGCGCAGGGCAAAGUAAAAUGUAAUCUGAAAUAAUGAAAGCGCAGAUAUAGAUUUUGAUUGUAUUUACAAAGAAAAAAACUAACAAUUUUAAUAACUAAAAUUCAUUUAGAGUAAACAAGAGCUAAAACAUAAAGUCGUCAAAACGCGUUUUUCAUAUUCCGCUUUCAAACAAACAAGCAAAAAAAACACAUUUGCAUUUUUGAAUAUAUAUAUACAUAUUUAAUGCUGAUUACAUUUCUGAUAUUUGCCACAAGCAUUCAUACAUAUAUAUCUAUAUAUAAAUGUCCGUGUCAAAGUUGUUGUCAUUAUUGCAAGCGCGA